AUGUAUAAUAACCAAUGUCCUGCAUUCUAUCAAAAUGUUAUACGUAUGCAAAAAUGUGUGACAUUCAAUCAGGUUAAAGGUAUUUUCGGAUUUGUGGAAAGCGAUUUAGUCGGAAAAAUAGCAUUUCCCGUUGUCCAAGCCGCACCGGCACUUUCCAGUACAUUUCCAUUCAUAUUUGGUAAUCAAAAAGUCCAUUGUCUUGUUCCGUGUGCCAUCGAUCAAGACCCAUAUUUUCGUAUGUGUCGUGAUGUAGCACCACGAUUGGGUUUCCCCAAAUGUGCUUUAAUACAUUCGACAUUUUUCCCGGCUCUACAAGGUGCAAAAUCAAAAAUGUCUGCAAGUGAUGAAAAUUCGGCUAUAUUUCUUACGGACAAACCAGAAACGAUUAAAAACAAAAUAAAUAAAUAUGCAUUUUCUGGUGGCCGCAGUACAGUGGAGGAACAUCGUAAAUAUGGCGGUGUACCCGAUAUUGAUGUGGCAUAUCAAUUGCUAAAUUUCUUUCUCGAAGAUGAUGAUAAAUUGAAGACAAUUCACGAUGCCUACAAGAAGGGACAAUUGCUGACAGGGGAAAUUAAGAAAAUAGCCAUUGACACUGUAACACCAAUUGUGGAGUGGCAUCAAGCUGUACGUAAAGAAAUAACUGAUGAUGUUUUGCAAGCCUAUAUGAAAAUACGUCCACUGAAAUUCGAAGGCAGUUCCUAA